AGCUGAAGUUCAAAUAGGGCUGUUUUAGCCUCGCUUGAAACGAUGGAUUCAGAGCUUUACAACUGAAAUGCAGGAGAGCUGGAGUUCCUGAAAAGCAAGUCACUGCUGCAGCCUAUUGUCCCUCAGGGUCUAUAGUAUGUGAACCAACGGAUAAGAUUCAGCAAUCAAGUUAAAGGGACAAGAGUAAACAAUAAGGAACUAACCGGACUGCAAUAACCUUAUGCUUUUAUUCUUCCAAGUACAGUACUAAGUGAAUAAACCUUUCCUGCAAACAAAUCUAGCUAACCUUAAUUGCUGAUGAAUUUAUUUAUUUUGGUGCAAUCAGUGAUGUCACUAGUUCUGUGGGUGAGCCAGCAACUGAAUCUUUGAUUAUUAUUUUUUAAAAAAACAACUUUAAAGCUUGAAGAAAGAAGUCCCAAGGAAACAGGAUCCAAAGGUUCAUUUGUACAAAGCAACGCAGAAACAAAAGGCCAUGAAGGCAGCAGUUUGCUUGUUGUUAAUGACUGCAUUGGGCACGCAUGCCACCAAGACUCAAGAUUCUGAGAGCAGAGAUGCAGGAGAAGAACAAGAAUUCAUUUACACUAACAGGUAUAAGCGCUCCAGUGACACCCAAGACAAGUGUACCUACACCUUCAUUGUACCUCAACAGAAGGUGACAGGUGCCAUUUGUGUCAAUUCAAAAGAACCAGAGGUUGUACUUGAAAACAGGGUAAAUAAGCAGGAGAUAGAAUUGCUGAACAAUGAACUCCUUAAGCAAAAGAGGCAAAUAGAAACCCUUCAGCAGUUGGUGGAGGUUGAUGGAGGAAUUGUUAAUGAAGUAAAGCUCUUACGAAAAGAGAGCCGCAACAUGAACUCACGGGUCACCCAACUCUACAUGCAGCUACUGCAUGAAAUCAUCCGAAAACGGGACAAUGCUUUAGAACUUUCUCAACUGGAAAAUAAGAUACUGAAUCAAACUGCUGACAUGUUGCAGCUUGCAAACAAAUACAAGGACUUGGAGCACAAGUAUCAGCAUCUGGUAACCAUUGCCAACAACCAGUCAAUAAUUAUUGCACAGCUAGAAGAGCACUGCCAGAGGACAUCAUCCAUUAAACCAAUCCCACAACCUCCACAACCACCAAACCGAGUCUACCAACCUCCCAAUUAUAACCGUAUUAUUAACCAAAUAUCUACUAAUGAAAUUCAAAGUGACCAGAAUUUAAAGGUUCUUCCACCCACACUCCCAACAAUGCCACCAGUUACUAGUAUUCCAACUUCAACUGAUAAGCCAUCAGGUCCUUGGAGAGACUGUCUGCAGGCUUUGGAAGAUGGCCAUGAUACCAGUUCAAUAUACCUUGUGAAGCCUGAAAAUACAAACCGUCUGAUGCAGGUCUGGUGUGACCAACGACAUGAUCCUGGUGGCUGGACAGUAAUUCAGAGACGUCUAGAUGGAUCUGUCAACUUUUUCAGGAACUGGGAAACUUACAAGCAAGGGUUUGGUAACAUAGAUGGAGAGUACUGGUUGGGCUUAGAAAAUAUUUACUGGUUGACCAAUCAAGGCAACUACAAAUUGCUAAUAACUAUGGAAGACUGGUCAGGCCGUAAAGUAUUUGCUGAAUAUGCCAGUUUCCGACUGGAGCCAGAAAGUGAAUACUACAAGUUACGUCUGGGCCGAUACAAUGGUAAUGCUGGAGAUUCCUUCACGUGGCACAAUGGGAAACAAUUCACUACACUGGACAGAGAUCAUGAUGUAUACACAGGUAAUUGUGCUCAUUACCAGAAAGGCGGAUGGUGGUACAAUGCGUGUGCACACUCCAACCUUAAUGGUGUGUGGUACCGAGGUGGACACUACCGAAGUCGAUACCAAGAUGGCGUCUACUGGGCUGAAUUCCGAGGGGGCUCAUAUUCACUGAAGAAAGUUGUCAUGAUGAUUAGGCCUAACCCCAACACAUUCCACUGAAAGCAAAUCUCCUCAUGCCUUUAGUGUGAAGCAUCAGAUGAAAAGCAACAACAUUUUAAUGUGCUAUAUGGAACACAUUUUAUCAGCAGCAAAGAAUGUAAUAUAUUGUACACUGACAGUUAUAAACUGGAGGACUUGUAUAUUGUAUUUUUGAAGAAUUGUUCCAGACCAAAAUGGCAAGACACACCUCUUUGUAUUAAGGUUUUUUUUCUUUUUAAAAACUGUCAGAUAAAAUGGACUGUAGAUAAACUGAGAUGCUAAAAAUACUGCCACAUCAACUAAAUAUUUUUGUAUGUUAUAUACGUAUUUUCAAAUACUGGACAUAUUAAAAACUGUACAGCAAGACUUCUUGAUAUAAUAAAUCCAUUUGACACAGGAAAUUAUAUCCUCUGAAACUAUGUAGCCAGUACAGCACCAUAAAAAGGUAGCAUGAUUGUCCCUUGUUAGCUGUUAAGAAGUGUCUGCUUUGAAGAGUCCACACAAUACCUAGAACAAAUAAAGCCCCACUGUUUUCUCAGGGCUCAAGGCAAUAUUAGAAGUCAAGAAAUGAAUAAUUUCACACAGCUUACUUUUAUUUCUUUCUGUUAAUUCACUUCCCAUUAUCUGUAAACAGAUCAAGCAGGUGUGUUUCUCAUCACAGAAACAGUACAAGCAUUUUUAAUUGAAUGCCCACAAAUUUCAAAAGCAACCUUGAUUUUAUUUGGGGAGGGGCUGUGGCUCAGUGGAAGAGCUCCUGCUUGGCAU